AUAAAGGUUAAAGUUAUUAAAUACUACAAAACUAACCUUAUCACUAUCUCGGCCAGCGCAUAUUAUAUUUAUGCGACACAACGAGUUAUACGAUUCUUCCCGCUACCUUUUUAAAAUAAGGGACCCUGUGGCGACGUUAGUUUGAAUUGGUUACAUUUAUAUGUGGAGGAGGGUCAAAACAAAACAAAAACUACAUGUGCAAUCUGUACUCAAAACUGGAAGUGACAAUCAUCAGGAAGAAGUGAUUUAGUUGCAGAAACAUGUGGCUAAAGAUAUUUACUUUGUCAAUGCUGCUUUCUGCAAAUUUAGUCGUACAGAUCAAGGCAAAUGAAUUCAAGGUGUCAGGAAAACUUGUCUUUCCAAAAGAUGGAGUGUACACACACAUUCCUGCCAAUAGCUGCUUUGUGGUGAAAGUGGUUGAAUAUAUACUGUGUGAUGGUCAAUGUGACGCUCCUCGCCUCAGUGGAAAAUCUAUUACCCACAAUGUUACUUUUUCAAGUAACAUAUUUGAAUAUGAAGUCACAUGUGAACAUCUAAUGUUGCCAUAUAUUCUCAGUUCCCGAUUGCACAUUGGAUGGUGUCCAAGUCCAGAUUACAAAGGUGCAUAUAUUAAGAAAGGAGACUACGAAAAUGAAUUUCUUUACCCUCUCCCGAUUAGAGGGAAGGAAACUGAGUUUAAUGCAAAAGACAUGAAAAUGAUACCAUAUGAUUCAUUAGGUCUGUGUGGAACCAAACAAUGUGAUUUAAAAUCUGAGUCAUGUCAAAUAAAUGACAAUGGUAAAGCGAAUUGUCAAUGUAACGAUCAGGGUGGAUGUAGAACAACAACUACCACAGCAAUACCGACAACUACAACAACACCACCAACAACAACCACCACAACAACACCAACAACCACCACCACAACAAAACCAACAACCACCACAACAACACCAACAACUACCACCACGACAACACCAACAACUACCACCACAACACCAACAACUACCACCACAACAGCACCAACAACUACCACCACGACAACACCAACAACUACCACCACAACACCAACAGCCACCACCACCACAACACCAACAACCACCACCACAACACCAACAACCACCACCACAACACCAACAACCACCACCACAACACCAACAACCACCACCACAACAACAACAACAACAACUACCACCACAACACCAAAAACUACUACCACGACAACACCAACAACUACCACAACAACACCAACAACCACCACCACAACAACACCAACAACCACCACCACAACAACAACACCAACAACUACCACCACAACACCAACAACUACCACCACCAGAACACCAACAACUACCACAACAACAUCAACAACUACCACGACAACACCAUCAACAACUACCACGACAACACCAUCAACAACUACCACAACAACAACAACACCAACAACUACCACCACCAGAACACCAACAAGUACCACAACAACAUCAACAACUACCACGACAACACCAUCAAAAAGUACCACAACAUCACCAACAACAACACAAAGCACAAAAACUUUCUCUCAACCAAAGACAAAUUUUACAGAUAAUACCAUAGAGAUCGCGCCUAGUAUGAAGACAACGCCUAAAGCAGCAUCUGGAACAUCUCCAGGCUCAGUUGGAACACGAUGAUUUGUGCAUAGUAUUGUUUUAAAAAAAAUGAUAGCAGAUGCACCUAGUCACAAAAUUCUUUAAUAUAGUAUAUUGUGUCUUCUACGUUUAUAAACAAUUGUAUAAACUAUUUUACUACUAUACAGGAUUGUUUUUAAUUUUGAGAAGUAGUGAUCUUUGUAGGCGUUAUAAAUCACUAA